CUUGUUGUCAUAUUUUGUCAUUUGUUUUGCCACUGAAUUGAGUGACAAUUGAAUGCAUUUACGAGAAGACAUGUCAACAACUAAACCAAACGUGAAAAUCAGUUUCGGAUCCAUUGUGUGCUGCGAAGAGACCACACUUUUGGGUGAUAUAACGAUCGGCGCGAAGACUGUGAUCCAUCCGACGGCACACAUCGACGCCUCCAAAGGGCCUGUCAUUAUCGGCGACUCCAACCUGAUUGAGGAGAGGGUCCGUAUCAUCAACCGAGACACCCAUCCAAUGGUCAUCGGUUCCCACAACGUGUUCGAAGUGGGCUCACACUCGGAGUCACCACAGAUGGGCGACCACAACAUCCUGGAGUCCAAGUGUCGAGUGGGCCCUCAGACACGACUGUCCAACGGGUGUGUCAUCGGCGCCAUGUGUUGCGUCGAU